AUGUGUGAGACUUGCCAUCAAUGGCAAUACAAAGCGAAUGAUUCUUGCUAUGAUAUUGUCCUCCUCUUUGUGCUCAAUGUGAUAGUAAAAAAUAAAUGCACAUCGUGCGUUAACAAUGCUGUAUUAAACUCUGGAAGCUGUGCUUGCUCUCCUGGAUAUAUAGGAACAACUGAAUGCACAUAUAUUCCUUUUAAUGUCAGUCUUGUUGUUAACAAAAACAAUACCUUGGUUCUGGCCUUCAGUGAUGAUUUAAAGCAGAAUUUAAGAAACGAACAGAUUUUGAUUCAAAUUAAUAAAACAUACAAUCCCAUCAUGAUCAAUUUCUCAAGUUUCAAGCAAAGAGUAUUUAAUAUCGUGCAAGUUUGCUGGAAAGAUUUCAAAGGGAACUAUUAUUACUGUGCAUUUUUAUAA